AUGACUUUCCACCAAAGAUCGAUAAGUUUGCCUUCUAGGCCUCACGUCAGUGAGACCGAAGUCGAGGAAGAGCUCCACCACCUAGAAGCAAGCCUCUCUUCCUCCAGUUCCAUCAGCACGAUGUGCGAUGGUCUUAGGAGUCUUGCAAACAUCUACGAUGGUCUUGAAGAGAUUAUCUGCCUACCAAGCAACCAAGUUUGCUCCUCCCAGAAGAGGAACAUGUUGGAUGGAGAGAUGGGAUGCUCCAUUGAGCUCUUAGAUCUCUGCAGCACCAUGCAAGAGACCUUCACCGAGAUGAUGGUCAUCAUCCAAGAGCUCCAACUGGCUCUACGAAAAGGAGAUGAUGCGGCUGCUCAAGCCAAGAUCCAGUCUUUUACUCGCUUGGCGAAGAAGGCCAGGAAACAUUUCAAGAAGACACUCCAUCUCUUGUCGAAGCAAAUUGAAAUGCCAAAGCAGUCUCUUGUCUGCAAGGCAUUUUACAAGAAGAAGGCCGUUGUUUGCGAGGAGGAGAAAUUGCAGGAGUUAGAGUGCAGCAUCCAAGAUCUUCAGAAUGGAGCAGGAAAUCUGUUUAGGAAAUUAGUCCAGAACAGAGUUUCUCUUCUAAACAUUCUUAGCUCAUAG